AAAAGAGUGAGUGAGUGUAGACAUCCCGACUGGACCCCAGUUUGAAAACGCGCUUCAAAAGAGAAAUACUUCAGGGGAUGUCGAAAACUACGAGUGGAAACCUAUUUUCUACAGUCUAUGGUGGAAACGAGAGCAAUUCGUUCAUUUCAAAAUUCCAAAAACGGAUUCAGAUUCACCGAUCACGAGAUUUCCCUCAUGUCUCAGCGGCUCCUGAUGUUUCAAACAGCGAUCGUCCCUCAGAUGAUGACGUAGCCCCGAUUUGCCUCCUUUUUAGUCUUUCAGGAAUCCUGUGCUAAUUAGUGGCUGUCAUUACCAUAAUAUGAGCAACAUUCCUGAAAGGAGCUAAAACAACUGUCCUGACUUGCAUUGACAUGAUAUAUAGAUAGGCCUAACGGAAUCACAGGGCUUCGCAUGCGAUUUAUCCAUAGUUCCAUACGCCUUAACUUUAAACUCUCAAGUCUUGAUCGGUGUAAGGAUGUCAUUGUCAAUAAUCAAUAAAGUGCUUUAAUGGUCCGUUCUCCUCCUCUCCUCGUCUCCUCCCCUCAGAUGUGCAUCAUCCAUCCAGCGCUCGCGCUCCCUCACUUCAGCACUCGCGUUUCUCAAGUGCGCGUCUUCUGCAUUUAACGGCAGCAUCAUUCGAGGUAGAGCGACACACACAGAGGCGAGAGGGAGAGAGGAUUACGGACACUUCAGUAGAUAGACGCCCGAGACAAGGUCGACCGAGUCUCACGAUCUGCGAGUCUCGCGCUCGGACGCACCAGACGCGGGCGCGUGUGUUUUGCGCCGUCUCCUCUCCACGCGUCGGUUUCCAGGGGGUCUUAAAUCUGGAGGCGAGGACCCGGGGAUGAGCCUGCUGUCGAGGGGCUUCGGCAUGGCGGGCUGGGGGUUCUGUUGGGUUCUGGUUCUGGUGCUGCUCGCGCUCUGGAGGCCCGGAACCGCUUGUCCGGAGCUCUGCACGUGCACGGGCGUGCGGAUCUCGUGCGUGGAUGCGGAGCGCAGUAUUAUGGCUUUUCCAAUGUUGCAGUCCGAAGCAGAGAUGGAGAAUAUCACAGACAUAUACAUUGCAAAUCAAAGCAGUUUCACAUCCAUUAAUGAAAAAGAUCUCAACUUGUACCGCAACCUCAGAAACUUAACUGUAACAAACACGAAACUCACAUAUAUUUCGAGGCAGGCCUUUCAGAGCAACCUGAAACUACAAUAUAUGAAUCUCAAAGAGAACAAUCUGUCGUAUCUAUCCUGGAGGACUUUUCACCAUUUAAACAUUUCAUCCCUGUUGCUGGCAGGCAAUACUUUGCAGUGCUCGUGUGAAAACGUGUGGUUGAAGCAGUGGAGAGGAGAGGAGUCCGAGGAGCUGAUGUGUGUGGAGGAGGGAGGGAAGAGGAGAGCUCUGGCUAUGCUCACACUGCCCAACUGUGUUCUCCCCACUGUGACUCUCAAACCCACCAAAGUGACCAUGAGGAAAGGGCUCAAUGUGACGCUGGUGUGCAACACGUCAGGAACGCCCACGCCCAAUCUGAACUGGAACACCUGCCAAUUAAACUCAGCGCACCAGAAAGAAGGCUCAGGUCAAAUGUCAGAGCUCAAGCUCUUCAAUGUCUCCUCUCUGGACAACGGAUGCAAAAUCACCUGCAGAUCUGAUAACAUGGUGGGAGAGUCUGAGGCGUCUGUGCAUCUGGACAUACUGUUUGCCCCGGUGAUCAGCAAGCUGAUGGAUGCGAUCUCAGACCACCAUUGGUGCAUUCCCUUCAGCGUGGCGGGUAACCCAGAGCCGAUACUGAGCUGGUUAUUAAACGACCAACCCCUGCAAGAGGGCAGCUUUAUCCAGACCAUGAUCCACGAUUAUUCAGAGGGGGAAUACCAUGGUUGCUUACAGCUGGACAGUCCCACACACAUCAACAAUGGAAAAUACACACUCAUGGCCAGUAAUAUAUACGGAGAGGACAACAAGACAGUAUUCGCUCAUUUCAUGCAUGAGCCGUGGAACGAAUCAGUCACUGAUCCGCUGUAUUAUGAUCCCACUACAGAUGACACUCCUCUUGGACCGCCUGAGGACAAAGUUGCUGUGUACGUGGUCGUGGGAAUUGCAGCAAUCACAUUCACAGGCUUCAUCUUGAUGCUUGUCAUUCUGAAGUUUGGACGCAACUCAAAGUUUGGAAUCAAAGGUCCUUCCUCAGUCAUCAGUAAUGACGAUGACUCUGCCAGCCCUCUUCAUCAUAUGUCCAAUGGCUCUAACACACCCUCGUCCUCUGAAAUGAACGCGGACGCCGUCAUCAUCGGCAUGACCAAGAUUCCCGUCAUAGAGAACCCGCAGUACUUCCGCAGCACCAGCAGUCUGCUCAAAUCUGAUACCUUUGUUCAGCACAUUAAGAGGCACAACAUUGUACUGAAGAGGGAACUUGGAGAAGGAGCGUUCGGGAAAGUGUUCCUGGCCGAAUGCUACAACCUGUCCGCAGAACAGGAGAAGAUCUUGGUGGCGGUCAAGACAUUGAAAGAGGCCAGCGAGAACGCCAGGAAGGACUUCCAUCGUGAGGCCGAGUUGUUGACCAAUCUGCAGCAUGAACACAUCGUCACAUUCUACGGAGUGUGUGUGGAGAGCGAUCCGCUUAUUAUGGUGUUCGAGUACAUGAAGCAUGGCGACCUCAACAAGUUCCUCAGGGCUCAUGGUCCUGAUGCAGUUCUGAUGGCUGACGGACAGGUACAGCAGCAGGCAGAGCUCACUCAGUCUCAGAUGCUUCAUAUCGCGCAGCAGAUCGCCGCAGGCAUGGUGUAUCUGGCUUCCCAGCACUUUGUUCACAGAGACCUGGCCACACGAAAUUGCCUAGUCGGGGAGAAUCUCCUGGUGAAGAUUGGAGACUUUGGAAUGUCCAGAGAUGUCUACAGUACAGAUUACUAUCGGGUUGGAGGUCACACCAUGCUGCCAAUUCGCUGGAUGCCACCAGAAAGCAUCAUGUACAGGAAAUUCACCACGGAGAGUGAUGUCUGGAGUCUGGGAGUCGUGCUGUGGGAGAUCUUUACCUAUGGGAAACAGCCCUGGUACCAACUGUCAAAUAAUGAGGUGAUCGAGUGUAUCACCCAAGGUCGUGUACUCCAGCGACCCCGGACCUGUCCAAAGGAGGUGUAUGACUUGAUGCUGGGAUGCUGGCAGAGAGAACCCCACACCCGACUCAACAUUAAAGAGAUCAAUAACCUGCUCCUCAACCUGGCCAAGGCAUCACCGGUGUAUCUGGACAUCCUGGGAUAAGAGAGAAUAUGCCCAAUUUGGGACUGCGAGUGGAUCCCGGAAAUCCCACCCAAAAUCUCUUUCUUCUACAGCUUUAACACGUCCUCCCUUGACCUCCUCCUCCUCAUCGACUGCUCCUCUUCUCAAUGUAAACGUCUAGAUACAUUGGCAACAGGAUCGUGUCCAAUGACUUUGAAUUAUGUAUUUCUGAACAAAAAUGGACUGAAUGGAAACUCAAGUGACUAUGGUUUUACUUAGAGUGAUCAAGAUCCCCAAUGGCUGACCAUCCUCAACUUCUUCAGUGCAAAAAUGGAUUCGGGACUUGAGGAAGGGUGUCCAUCUUAACAAAGAGGAAAUAUCAGCUCUGAACAAUGACCAAACUCAAAUUAGAGGAGGACCGAACAACUUUUCUGCCUACUGGACAUACUUCCGAUACAAAGCACAGAACGUGAAACUAGCAUGGUGAUUAACGGUGACAAACUGCAACUAUAUCUAUACGUAUACAUGUGUUUAUAAAACUGGAUGUUACCGACGUAGUUUCACAGUUGAGCGACUCUAAUUAAAUGCUUCUGGACGCUGACAAAAAGCAAAUCUGAAAUGCAAAGUAGUCCAUUAAAACGUGUCGAGAACAUGGGUGUUAUUUAUAGUGGGACAUGUCCUCACUACUUUUGCCAUUGCUGAUUUUGUCCCACUACUUUAUGAAACAGUUUGCGGCAGGUUUAUGUCCAGUGCAGUGAAGCAGGGGGCUAUAUUUUUUAGUAUGAGUAGCGAUCUAUUGGUGGAAUUAGCCAUGAUGUAUGAUUUUUGAAUCACUGUCAUUCAUCACGUUUCAGUUUUAACCUGGAGAAAAGCUCUACUACUCACCCGCUUCAUAUUUAUAAGAUCACGUUCAAUUAUUUGUGCAUAACCUUAUUAAUAUUGAUAAGCUGAGCCUUGUCCAUUUCGUGAUGUCACAACCAGCGUGUCUGUUUUCCGCCACUCGACCAAAUCAACGGCCAUAGUCUUCAGGUCGGUACACGACGUGGAGUCAUUUGAGACGAGGCCAUGCCUCAAUACCAUCAGCUUGCAUUUCUUACAGGAGCUUAAUUAUACAGAGUGGCCGAUUAUGAUGGGGUGGGCUAAAUUACGACCUUGCUUUCGCUCUUUCUCGUUCGCCAUGUUUUACUACUGAGUUGAAGCACUAAUGUAGUACUCAAGCUUCGGGUCGUACAACUGCUAUAGUGUAAUAUAUAUUUCAUUACAGGACAAAUGUCUCCUAUUAGCAGCAACUCCCUCUAGGCUCAUAGACGCUAUCAGUGGGGAGAAGAGGAGAGAGACGGGAGGGGACAGGAUGGAGGGAAUAUGAGAAUAUAAUGUUAAAGAGAGAUAAACUUGAGUCACCUCACUCAAAGCCGCAUUUCGUCUUCCUUUUAUCAUACAUAAAUUAUUAUAUCUGUUUAUCACUAUAGAGAUCCUAUCAAAGCAUCCUUUUUUUUUGCGUUGAUUAUCGCACGGUCAUUCUCCUACAAGACUUGGCACACUUUACUCAAUGCCGUGAAUCAGACAAAAUAAUAUCUUCUAAAAAAUUCAUUCUCUGAGCAUAAAAUCCCAAAAGUAGUCCACGCAAGUUUGGAGUUAAUUACUUUUUUAAGAGAUGUAACUUUUAAUUUUAUAUUUUAUUUAUUUUAUAUUUAAGGUGAAGCACUUUUGUGUUUGUAAAUUAUUUUAUUUAUGUAAAAAAAUAAAAAUGAUUGAUAUUAUAUUUUUUUCAUAUUUGGUUGAGAGCUCAAGGGUUGUGGAAUGGGAUGUAUUGAUGAAGAAAAAUAUAGAAAGAUUACAUAUUUUGGGGUGAACGUUAAGAAAACUACAUUAAAAGUUACAUUGACUGCAAAAGCAAUGACAUUUUGGAUUGUGACUAUUUUUCAUGAACAUUAAGAAAAUGCUCUCAAAUUCUAGUUAGCACAAUGUAUUUUUUACGUUGAAUUUAUGUAAAUUAAUUUCAUUUUUUUUACUGAAGAACAAUGUUUUUAAUGUUUUUAUUUUUUUUUACAGUACAAC